UUCCACACAGUGAGGGACAGACAGGUUACGAUGAAGAAGAUCACUCUUUUAUCAGCGGCUAUGUUAAUUCCUGCUUGUUCGUUCGUAAAUGCUUCCCGGCAGGGGAGGAUGGUAUACAUGAACCCAUCCCAACCUAUUUCUGUUGGUUUACUUUACUUCAUCCCCAUAUCUCUGGCCAUUCCAUCUUUUUCCUUGAAGUCCGGGAGGUCCCUCAGGCUUCAGGAAUUGGUCUACGAAGAUGACGAGAUUGCAGAGGCACUCUACUGGGACACUGCGUACAAAGUACCAUUAAAAAAACUCUCCGCAUAUUUCGCGCAUUUGGAGCUCUUUUCCAUGGGGUGUCAAGAAAGGCUCCUGUGUGAACUGGCAGCUGAACCAGAGACCUUUACACCAAUCGCAGAGAUUUUCUUGAAGGAAAUCAGACCACUGCACGGGCCCGUCAAACGUUCCCCGAAUUCCCUGAUGUGGCGUUACAUGUUAGCAAUGAGAAAGGGUUUCACGGCUCCCAUUGAGGCCUGUGGGACGUCAUACCCCAAAUGCCCACUGCCAGCGAAGAAGAUCCUCAACAUGCCAGUGCUUAAAGUGUGGCAGUUCCUGGCUUCGAAGUUCAACAUGCGAGUGAUGUGAAAGGAAAUAUACGCAAAAAGCGAUCUAAAAUACUGUACUGAAGUCUUUUCUUAUUUGGUGGAACAUUAAAAUUAAUGACAAUUAUGUGUAAAUAAGGCUAAAUGACAAAAGUAGAAUGCCAAUCAAGACAAUGCUCAGGGCUACUACAUAAGUCUUCCGGCACGUCCGUGGGUGAGACUCAAGACAACAGCCAUUCGUUAAAAGAAACCAUGACAAACUAUGAAAAUUCAAAAGCAUUCUAAUAUUAAACCACAUUCACUGUCUGCUAAUAAACAUGGAGGCCGGUGGUGGACAGUUGACGUAAAUUAAGACAAGGUGUAGGUCUCCAAAGUAAUGUACGAUACAAGACGGCCAACUCGAGCUUUCAUUACAAUCACAAGAUGACAAAACAACCGCUACUCAGGAUCAUCGUUGCAACACAACCUCUAGAUACCACCAUACGAAUAAAGCAUUUCAAAUGUUUGAGCUUGCUGGGAACAGGACCAAUCACAAACAGUACUUUCACGCCUUUUCACAUUAGUUCUAGGCUCCCAUAUCAUUUUCCCUCUCCAGAUUUAACCCGUUUUCUGUGAUGAGGAAAGACUUCUACGCCACCAGAAGUUUCACACAGUCACAGAGGUAAAGUUAUCAACAAGUGGCGAGCACAAAUAAAUCACAAAAGUCUGCCUUUGAGGACUGGUAGUAAGAGUGACUGCGGAUGAACUCUUGGUCUGUUGCUGUUUUUUCUUUUUCUUUUUAUGACAAGGCUACUCAGUUACAUAUUCUGAUAGUGAUAAACAGGGCAUUAGUGCAAUUUCCCUUAUUUGUUUAUAUUGUACACCAGUAUUAAGUCUCAUCUGUAUAUGUUGUCAAACAUUCUGUAAAUAA